UACUGCUUUAAAGUUGAGAACAAUACAUUGUCGCUUUCCAGCCGUUUAUUGUUGCUGUAUCCAAGUGGCCGCGGAUAAAUGCUUCUCCCCUUUACAGACCCGUGAAAUGGUACGGAACUGAAAGCGAUAUCGGCAGAGACACAUUGAGACGUUCCCAAGCCAACCGUUGCCACUGUCAAUAGAUAAACGUAGCUUCUGGAACGUUGUUUCUGCGGUGUGAACACGUCUGCACCAGCAUGAGGCUACCUGGAGUCUCUGUUCCCUCUACACCUGUCUCCUUCAUCCGCGCCACCCCCAUUCAACGUCAACGCUACAUGGUCACACCCCUCGCUUUACCCGUAAUCUGUCCGGCUACUGUCCCACUCUCCGUCAACCAGUGUGGGCCUCGACUGGACCCGUUGCGUCCUCCUCUACGCCGCAGACAAACAGCCAGUCUGGAGACACCCGCAGUGCAUCACUACAACCACCAGAGGGCAGUGGUCAUGCAGCAAAAAGAGUACUACAGGUUUCACCAGGCAUGGCAGAGACCAUUCUAUGGUUCUCGGGCAGAGAAAGAGGAAUGCAGGAAGGAGGUGCGGGAAAUACUGAAAAAGCAGAUGGGAGAGAAGUGGGAAGCUCGUAAGCGGCAACUGGUCAAUAAAAUGCAAGAGCUGGAGAAUCUGCGGGAGGCAGACCACCGAGCGCUUUCCAAACAGCGGGAAGAGAUGUCCUCCAGGGCCAAAGAGAUGAGGCAGUACCGAGAUGAGAACAAGAGGCUGAUGGAGCAGUGCUGGAGGGACAAGGCAGUCAGCCGGUCUCUGGAGAUGCUGAGAGAUAGGGAACUCCUUCAGUACAACCCUCUAAACUGGAGCUGCACCCUUAAAUAAUACAGCCACACCCCUAACACUGGGCCAUCCCACAUCUCACACCCAAUCAUGAAAGGGAAAUAGGCUGAUAGAUAUAAUGUACCAGUACAACAAAGAUUUUGAAAAAUUUAUGAGGAAAGAGAUCUGAUACAAAUAAAACCAGAACUAUGA